CUUUGGCUUUGCAUGGAAGCCACACCAUUUGGUGAUAGAUCAGUCAUAAGUUCAUAACUCAUAAGCAAGCAUCAAAUUGAUUUUGCAUUACCUAAACUUUCUUCAAAACACUCCAACUCUUCUUCUUCUUCUUUUUCGCAAACAGCCACGUGUCCAAAUCAGUGCUACUCAGAUUUUUUUCUCGUGCUUCGAGGUCUUCCCUCGCUUUAUGCAUGCUGUGACUUGCUGCAGACUCAGAUCUACCGGUUUUUCAUAUCUUCAACUUUCCAACUCUCGAUUCAGAUCAACACUAUUUCUCUUCUUUUUAUUCCUUUUUUUCUUAGAAAUAAUUAAUCAAUGCCAAAUGUCACGGUAUUUCCAGUUUUUCUCCUCUUCCUCUUUCUUUCACUGCACCUUGUUCUCUCCGAACAACCGUCUCCCUCUCCAUCUCCGUCACCGUCACCGUCACCGUCCUUCCACGCUCCGAAACCUUCCCCGGCCAGCUCACCUAUAGGUUCACCGUUGCCUUCGCGGAGUCCCGGCUUCUCUCCGGCGCCUUCGCCGAGUCCCGGCUCCUCUCCGGCGCCUUCGCCGGGAAGUUCUCAGGGAGACAAUAUCCACGACGACGAGGAUGAAAGAGCAGAAAAUUUGUCAAGAGGAGGAUUGAGUUGGAGCAAGAAGGCAGGACUAGGGAUCGGAGUAAUUGUAGCGGCGAGCGUGGUAAUAUUGGCGGGAAUGGUGUACAAGAAGCGGAAGCAGAAUAUACGGCGCUCUCGGUAUGCAUACGCUGUAAGGAGAGAAUUUCUCUGAACGCAUUCUUCCUCUAUAUGUUUGUUUUCUUCAUAUGUUAAACAUAAUUUCUAGAUUCUUUUAAUUUGUUUUCAUCUAUCACCAUUAUUAUUGCCAAGCAUUUCUAUCUUCCUAAAUCAUGUUCGUCAUCAUUUUCAUUUUGCACAUU